AUCACAUGGCGCGGCUACCACAGGUCAGGAGCACGAAGUUAAGAUGUUUUGAGUUCAUUUUGCCUAGUAUAGUUUUCAGCAUUAUUAAUUUUUCCAAAUGCAUGCAGCAGGAGAUCAUUGCAGUUAAUUGGGUUAAUAUGACCUGUGAGGCUAAUCAUAGUGGGGAUAACAUAACCGGUAACAUGCAAUUGGGACUAGCAAACAUGCUUAUGUGGCACACAAUUAAAUAAGAGAGUGAGGGUUAUAGUUACAUAGGUAGAUACCGUAUCAUGUUAAAUGCUAUGCUACUUUGUAUCAUGCAUGGCAAUAGAUAUGGUAAUCUAUGAUACUACUUUAUGAUACUAUACACUGUGAAGGUAGUAUCAUAUACUAGCAUCAUAUGCAUUAUACUAGUAUAUGUUACUCCCUACUAUGAGUAGCCUGAAGCAUGUUCUUCUCUGACAAAACAACAUGGCUGCACUUACGUUGGAUGGCAUCUCACGCGAAGUCCCAAGGAAUCGGAUUCCCCCGUCGGCUAUCAGAGGUCGUUAAUCUAGAGAAGUCUCAAGCAGUUGACCGUGUAAUUACUCACCAACUAACAGUUCUUGUCACUACACGGGCUCCCAACGUGGCUUGCACGUUCAAGGAAUACUAAAAAAAAGUACCCCAUUUUACUCCACUAGUGUAGCAGCCAGUAGUAGGAUAUGGUAGCGGCAUGAAUACACCAGCGUGGCCAAUAAGCCAACAAGUCAACGACUGUGUCCAUAGGCCACGAGACGAGGCGCCCCUUUUGCAAUCGGACUCCAACGAUUGGCGUGUUUUGCAAUCUGAAUCCAGUCACGCCUUCUGCGCCGGGAAGCACUCCAACCGAGUUUGCGCGGUUAAAUUCGACAGGGCCAACGCUCUGGGGUCGUCACCCCCCUUCUCUCUGUAGCUCAUAACUCCUACCCUGAGCACGAGCAGAGCAGCUCCCGGACCAUUCCUCUGGCCACAACCGCGCCGAGCUCAAGGUCAGGCGUGUGUGUGGCCAUGAGUUUACCAGGGAAGAAUCCUCCGGCCGUGGCUGGAGGAAUGCAGCAAUGGCUCUCAACCAUCGUUAUGUCGGUGGCGGCUCUGCUGCUGACCCUGGGGCCUACACAUGCUCAAGGUACCUGUGAUAUCUUUCGUGGGAAGUGGGUUCCUGAUUCUUCAGGGCCAUUGUACACAAGCAGCUCUUGUCCUCUGAUCAUACGCGCGGAGAACUGCCAGGCGAACGGGCGGCCGGACAAGGGGUACGAGAACUGGAGAUGGAAGCCCGAGCAGUGCGCUCUCCCGCGCUUCGAUGCAAGGAAGUUUCUGAAGAUGAUGAGGGGCAAGACACUUGCUUUCGCCGGGGAUUCGAUCGCUCAGAACCAGAUGGACUCUCUCCUUUGCAUCCUAUCGCAGGUGGACACCCCAAUAAACCUUAGCGAUCGUAGGAUGAGUAAGUGGAUCUUCAAUUCAACCUCAACAACUAUCAUCCGCAUCUGGUCAGCUUGGCUAUUACACAAUUCAAAAGAAGCUGUGGGAAUUGCUCCCGAGGGUCUUAAUAAGGUUUUCCUCGAUGUCCCAGAUAAGACUUUGAUGGAAUUUCUUCCAAGUUUCGAUGUGCUUGUCCUCUCUUCCGGACAUUGGUUUGUCACACCAUCAGCCUAUAUCCUGAAUGGCAAGGUCGUUGGAGGGCAGGGCUGGUGGCCUCUUCAAGCAGGAAAAAUGCAGAUGAACAACAUUGAUGCUUUUGGUGCAUCCACUGAGACUUUCCUAACUGCUGUGGCUACUAACCCGAAUUUCAAAGGUAUAGCUAUUUUGAGAACAUACUCUCCAGACCAUUAUGAACGUGGGGCAUGGAAUGUAGGUGGAUCAUGCACUGGGAAGGUUAACCCCUUGGAUAAGGCGGUAAAGGAUGGAUUCAUAGAUGCAAUGUAUGGAAAACAAGUUGCGGCCUUCAAAAAGGUAGUCAAGAAUUCCAGGAAACAAAGUUCCAAGUUGAAACUGAUGAGCAUCACAAAACCCUUUGCCUUAAGGGUUGAUGGGCAUCCUGGACCAUACACAAAUGUGGACCCAAACAAGAAGACUCAAAGAGGGCCGGAUGGAAGGCCUCCACCUCAGGAUUGUCUGCAUUGGUGCAUGCCAGGACCUAUAGAUACAUGGAACGAGAUGCUAUUUGAGACCAUAAGAAGAUAACUGGAUGGAUAUGAGACUUGAAGAAAGAAGUCUUGAUGGUUAUACUUGCCAUCACCUGACCUGAUGUGUCCGAUAGCGUUUGAGACAAUGUCCAUCUCGAUGUUCUUUUGCCGCAAAUAAUGAUAGCUAUAUCCCUGCGGAGUGUAUAGUAGAGACUCUUUUGGCAUGAUUGAUCAUGCGAUUUAGAUUUUCCAAUUCAAUCCGAUUGAUAAGAGAGGUUGACAGUUGAUUUGUAUCUUGUAAGGUUGUUGUACUUUUUGCAUGACACGAUUAUUGCUGGAGUUGGACAUAUAAUAUGAUACGAGCAAAUUGCCAAAAAAAAUUUGGAACAUCCAGUGGAA